ACACCGCCGUCUCUGUCUCUCUCACACCUUCUCUCUCUCUCACACCCACUCAUGGCCGACCUCCCGCCCGGCAAAGACACGGCUCCUCGCCAGAGGCUCAAGCCGACGUCGCACAAGGCCGGUGGCCGCCUCGGCCGCAAACCCAAGCCCCCGGGGGCCGCCCCCACGAUGGCCGCCCAGAUCCUGGCGGCGGUGGCGGCCACCAAGGAGCGCCGCGGGCUGUCUCUGGCCGCGCUGAAGAAGGCGCUGUCGGCCAACGGCUACGACGUGGAGCGAAACAACGCGCGGGUCAACGUGGCCGUCAAGGCGCUGGUGACCAAGGGCUCCCUGGUGCGCACCACCGGCACCGGGGCCGCCGGCUCCUUCAGGGUGGCGGGCAGCGCGCCGCGGGGCAAGAGGCGGCCGCGCACCCCGGGGUCGGGGGCUCCACACCAGCCGCCUCCCCCCCACAGCAGGAGGAGGAGACCCGCUCUCGCCUCGGCGAAGAAGCCCAAGAAAGGGGCGAAGAUGAAGCAGGCGGCGGCCACGGCCCGGAGGAUUUUACACGAAAAUAAAAUGUCGACUGUCGAGGUUUUGAAGGAAGAAAAGUGA